AGUAGAGAUUUAGUUUCUAUCCUCUUCAUAUGCCAUUAGUGUCAGUGGUCUUUGGCUCACAACAUCUCCGGGUUGCUGUGCUGGCUUGCUGAAGUAUUCUGAGAUUUGGGUGUCGGAGGAGAUCCAGGCCAGGUUUUCUCUCUGUCCUUUAGAGGAACAGAAGCCGCUCAAGGUAAAGGCAUGCAUGCUCAAUUUUUUGUUUUGCUCUGCUCAUCCAAUACCAACGUCAAAGGGCUAAUGGAGUAAACCACUAAAUUUGCUGUUGGCAGUCAUUGCUGUGUAUGUGACCAACUCUGCAAGCCAGAACAAAGGAAAAAAAAAACUUUUUAAAAACAAAAAGAACUGUGUGUCUUGUUACUCUGUAUAGCUAUCAGCACCACUGAUGCUUGAAUAUUUCUUUUAGUCAUUUGUUUAAUAAAAAAAGAAGACUUUUCUGCUGACAUCACCUUUUUUUUAAUUGUAACAGAUCAAACAGUACUUUUUUGGAAUUAAACAAAGAAAAAAAAAUGUGUAGGAUUUAACCUAGCUUGCAUUAUCUAAACAUCAGAGGUGCCUGUGUAAACAUAAAACAUCUUUUCAAAAAGGGUAGGUGGUAUGUGGUGUCUGGAUUGGGAGCUUUUGAUCUGAUAGAGCUGAAAGGUGAACACGUUUUUGUUUGCCUACAGCCAGAAGUAAAGUUUAAAAAAAUAAAUAAAAACAAAACAAAAAAAACAUGUGCAAAUCCACAGCAUGCUGGUUUUGAAUGGAGGACCUUCAGGAGUGCCACCUAUGAAGGCAGGUUCACUGCAGCGCAAUAGGACUGUUUACUGUAUCUCUGUCACUCUGAUUAGGAGUGAGCAGGCCCAGCUGGGGGAGGCGGGGAAAGACGAUGCUCAGCCUGCCUCGGCAGCAGAUAGGAGCGCCUCCUGGGAGCAGCAGGGAGUGCGCUUAGUUUCUGGAGGUAGCUCGGGGCAUAGAAGUCCUUCAGGAGCCCCAUGCAAGCUCUGUCUAAACACUGACUUUAGAGGCGGAGCGAGGUGUGACUGUGUCAAUGCUGGUGAGGAAAAAAUGAAGGAGGACAGGUUUAUUGAACAGAGUAACUCUUUGAAAAACUUAGCAGAGGCAACCCAGGAAGGAAUCCCUUGGUCUCCUCCACUGCAGGGGCGGCACUGGAACGACUGCCGUUCAGUCAGUCGGGAUGAUCCAGGAGAUCUUUCCCUUUUGGACUCUCCCCCACUGCCCGAGCAGCAGCAGCAGGAUUCUGCAUUCCCCUUAAGCCCUGGGCAAGUUAAGGUCAGAAGAGCGCUUCAGAGCCAGCUUCCUCACGACAGGGCUGUGAGCAUGUGCAGUUCCCCCAGCAAAGUGGAAUUUGAAUUGCGAGCCACCCAGACGAGGCAGGGGAGACCCAAGAGUAUCUGUGUGGUGGCGGGUGGCAGGACAGUGGCUGGAUUCAACUCUGAACCGACCUCCCCACUCCCCCAGCCACACAGCACAGUGAGCAGCCUGAUUGAGCUUCUUAGGCAGCAAAAAGUAAAGGAAGUGGAUCUUCAUGCUGGGACCACUGGUAACGCCAACAAGAACCCAGAAGAGGCCACUAAGGUUUUGGUCAUCCCCCAGGUCUCCUUGAGGCAGAGACCAAAGGAGAAGCACAGAUCGGUCAGCAUGACCUUCUUGGAGAUCAACAAGCUGGUCCCGCGGGUAGAGCAGCUGGGCUCUGAGGACGAUCUUGAGUCGGAAAGCUCCUCUGGCUUCAGCCGGACCAGCAGCAGCUCCAGCUUCCUGAGGUCUGGAUUCCGCUGGAAGAUGUUUGGGAAAGCAGCCGGGGAAGAUGGGAAGUCACCCCAGCAGGGCACAAAAGAGGAAAGCCCAAAAAUGACCCUGGCAUCUUUCAGGAGAAGUCUGAGCUUCAGAAUAAGGAGAGGGCUUAAUAAAGGUGGAAGCAAGGAGACGGAUGGCCGCAUCCGUGCGAAAAGCGAUGGAGAUGCCAAUCUCUAUCCCCAGCGCCCCUUCUCUUAUUUGAAUGGAGGACUCCUGCCACCUCUUCCUGGCAAGACAGGGUCCCCCACAGAGGAUAGUGUGUUUCACUACAUGAGGUACCAGAGCAAAGGGAAGCUAAAAGUCCGGGAGAUCCCUGUUAACCCCAAGCUCUCCAAACCCAGCACAAGCGAGCCUAGCGUGUGGAGGUUGCUGACUGAGCGUUUUAGGAAAAAGGAACAAUCUCCCCCUGACAAAUCUGAAAUAAACUUCCAUAACACAGAGCCUGUAAAAAUCCCCCUGGACUGGAAAAAGAGACCAGAACUUGUUGCCAUAGAGACUGUUACUGGCACACAACACAGUGAAACUCAAGACUCCUUUGUGAACAGCCAAGAAUGGACGUUAAGUCAAUCAGUACCAGAGCUCAAAGUGGGUAUUGUAGGCAACCUAUCAAGUGGGAAAUCGGCACUGGUCCACAGGUACCUGACUGGCACAUACGUUCAGGAGGAAUCCCCUGAAGGUGGCAGGUUUAAGAAGGAGAUUAUUGUGGAUGGACAGAGUUACCUCCUUCUGAUCAGAGAUGAGGGAGGGCCCCCUGAACUACAGUUUGCUGCCUGGGUUGAUGCUGUGGUCUUUGUCUUCAGUCUGGAAGAUGAAAUCAGUUUCCAGACAGUUUAUAAUUACUUCCUGCGGCUCUCCAGUUACCGAAACACAGCCGAGGUCCCCAUGGUCCUUGUUGGCACUCAAGAUGCAAUCAGUGCUGCGAAUCCCAGAGUUAUUGAUGACUCCCGGGCGAGGAAACUUUCCAAUGAUCUGAAACGAUGCACUUACUACGAGACCUGCGCCACCUACGGUCUCAAUGUGGAGCGAGUGUUCCAGGACGUUGCCCAAAAGGUGGUAGCUUUAAGGAAAAAGCAGCAGCUUUCUAUCGGUCCCUGCAAGUCUCUGCCAAACUCUCCCAGCCACUCCUCCGUCACCUCCUCUUCCAUCCCCUCAGUGCACAUUAACCAGGCGACCAAUGGCAGUGGCGGGUUCAAUGACUAUUCCUCUUCUGUCCCAUCAACUCCCAGCAUCAGCCAGAGAGAGAUGCGGAUCGAGACCAUUGCGGCCUCCAACACACCCACUCCUGUCCGCAAGCAGUCCAAGCGCCGCUCCAAUAUCUUCACAUCUCGAAAAGCCAGCGAGCAGGCAAAGAGCAUGGACUGUAAAACAGACAACAUUGGAAGUGGACGGGCCAUUCCUAUAAAACAGGGUAUUCUUCUCAAGAGGAGUGGCAAGUCCCUGAACAAGGAGUGGAAAAAGAAGUACGUCACGCUGUGUGACAACGGUGUCCUCACCUACCACCCCAGCCUACAUGAUUACAUGCAGAACGUCCAUGGCAAAGAGAUUGACUUGUUGAGGACGACGGUGAAGGUACCUGGAAAACGACCACCGAGAGCUGUGGCCACAUCAGCUCCUACUGCCAGUCCCAAAACCAACGGGCUCACAAAGGACAGGAACAACCUGCAGCUAGUGCCAGGGAACACUGGGGCCCCCCACUCCACCAGCAGCAGCUCCCUGCAGUCAGAGCGCUCGGUCAGUGGCAUCAACCUAGUGGCCUACAGCGCCAAGCCCGACGGGAUGCACCAGCGCUCCUUCUCUGUGUCCAGUGCUGACCAGUGGAACGAGGCCGUCAUCACCCCCAGCAGUGGCACCGGCGCCGCUAACGGGACAACAGACUCUCUGUGCUCCAGCCCCAUUGUGUCAAGCACAACCAGCCCAAAGUUGGAGCCCCCACCAUCGCCCCACGCCAACCGCAAGAAACACAGGCGAAAAAAGAGCACGGGUGCAACCAAGCCAGAUGGGCCCACGACGGGCAAUGAAGAGCAAGAGGAGUCGUUUGAGUUCAAUAUUGUGUCGCUGACUGGUCAGAUGUGGUAUUUCGAGGCAUCCACCUAUGAUGAGAGGGAGUCUUGGGUCCAGGCUAUCGAGAGCCAGAUCUUUGCCAGUUUACAGUCAUGUGAGAGCAGCAAAAACAAGUCCCGGUUGGGCAGUCAGAGUGACGCACACGCCAUCCAGUCAAUCCGUAACGUAAGAGGGAACAGCUUCUGUGUGGACUGUGAAGGGCCUAACCCAGACUGGGCCAGUUUGAACCUUGGCGCCCUGAUCUGUAUCGAAUGUUCUGGAAUUCACCGGAACCUUGGCACGCACCUGUCACGUGUGCGCUCUCUGGACCUGGACGACUGGCCAGUGGAGCUCAGCAUGGUGAUGACGGCUAUCGGCAACGCUUUGGCGAACAGUGUCUGGGAGGCCUUGGUUGAGGGCUACACCAAACCCACUUCAGACAGCUCCAGGGAGGAAAAGGAGUGCUGGAUCCGGGCAAAGUACGAGCAGAAGUUGUUUUUGGCGUCGUUGCCCCAGUCCGAUGUGCCCCUGGGACAGCAGCUGCUCCGGGCCGUGGUGGAGGACGACCUGAGGCUGGUGGUGCUGCUCCUGGCCCACGGCUCCAAGGAGGAGGUGAACGAGACCUAUGGGGACGGGGACGGAAGGACCGCUCUGCACCUGUCCAGCGCCAUGGCCAACGUGGUCAUCACGCAGCUGCUGGUCUGGUAUGGUGUGGAUGUGAAGAGCAGGGAUGCCCGUGGCCUCACCCCACUAUCCUACGCACGGAGAGCUGGCAGCCAGGAGUGCAUUGACAUCUUGAUCCAGCACGGCUGCCCCAACGACAACUUCAUUCCCAUCCCCACACCCAACCUGUCCCGCCGCAACACCAACAACAAUGCCCAGUGCGAGCUGAACCGCAGCGCCAGCAUCAUGUAGCCAGGGUGGGGAGGGAGGGGGGCAGAGGGACAACAACCACCUGUUACUCAACACAUCUGAUUGGAUCUCAUGAGCCCCUCUCCUCCCACCAAGCCUUGUCCUGGUUAAUAGACUUGGUCUGCUAGGUAGAGAAGGGGUUCUGUGGCAAUGGAAAACGGGUAUGCAAGUAGGGAGAGACGACAGGGAUUCGGAGGGCUAGGGGCUGCAUCUCGGGGGAUUUUAUUGCCAUACAAUAGGUAUCGGCUACCAUCCCAGUUUCAAUAAGCAACCCACCCACCCUUUGCCGCAAUACCCUGUAUUACAAUGAAAGAAUUACAGCAGUCAGUGACAAGGGAAUAAGUGACGUUGCUUUUAGUGGGGCUUCCUUCAGUUCUGAAGUUAACCGCUGAACUUCAGGGCUUUUUUGUUUUGUUUUUUGGACCAGUUGCAAGAAUGGCACAAGCUAUAUGUAUAUUUGAAUCCAUUUAAACUAAUGGUGAAACGGUGACAAAACACUACACAGAGAUUUAAUGGGAAAAAUACUCUGAAAGACAAACCUUCAGCCAAUAAGUUUUUUUUUGUUAUUAUAUAUACUAUAGUGUUGGGGAAAUGUGACCCCUUUUUUUCCCCCCCCAUCAAGCUAAAUAAGUGUUCUCAGCUGGAUUGUAAUCCACAAAGAUUGUUUCCUGCCUCAGCUUUCAGGGCAUCCCCUGGUGUUUGGCCCUCAGCGCCUGUCCUUCCCAUGGAAAUCACAGGGUAUCCUUGUUGUGCUGAGAGAAACACACUUCCUGUUCUCGUUGUGAUAUUUCUGGGCAUGUUCAGGUGGCUUGCUCUUCUAUGUUUUAGGUACCGGUACCAAUUUCAUCAAACAUACAGUUUUAUUGACAUUUUGUGGUGUGCGCUGUGUACACCGCUUCUAGGUAUUGUACCAUAUUAUCAGUUUUAUUGUCACCUUGCACUAUGUCCUGUCUUUCCAAAGCUUUAUCCCAGUAGUUAAUAGUACAUACUGUGUUACUGCAUACCUGUUCUGUAUUUUGUCAUAUUGCCUUCCUGGAUGUGUGAUAUUCAGCGUUGAUUGCAUUCCUUAACUGAGUAGGACUAUAUUUACCUCUUCAGCUUUAGUACAGUGGAAAUCUGUUUCUUGUCUUACUGUAUUAUUAUGUUAUUGUUGAGGUAAAACUAUAAAAGAAAAAAGUAGACAAACAGCAGGAUUUCAUCAAAGUAUUAGUUUCUUGUAGGUUUACCUGAGCAUUUCUGAAUGUUUUUAAAGAUUUUUAUAUUACUGUAAUGCUAUGCUCAUCUCACAUUUUCUGACUUAACACUACAGUUAAGACCCUGGCAGGCAGGAACACUGACACUAACCAAACACAAAGAACACUUUAAAAAACAAAAAGCAAUCAUUAGGAGUUUGGAUGAUCCCAAGUUCUGUGCACAAAUACAAUCCCUGUCCUUCCUGACAGAGAGAAUGUGUGUUGACCUCUAUUUUUUGCAGUGCCCAAAAGUGUUUUGGUCUUGUUGAAAUGUUUACAACACCUAUUCAGCUGUUCUGUAAUGCCCUGAUGUUUUAUAAGUCCAGUCUCGAAGCUUAUUUGAAACAUAACUUGCUCUCCCACUUGCACUUUUAAAACCAAAGCCAUGCCAGACUUAUGUAGCUUUUUGUACAGGCCAAGAAUCACGUGUCAGAAGUGAUUUGAGCUGAUUUUAUUGCAGAAGCUAGACUUGCACUGCAUUGCUGUACUGUAGUGGACUUCGCUGUUAUGUUGGAGUCCCUUCAUUUUAAAAUGCUGACAGUUUUAUAAUGUGCUUGUGUGCCUGUGUGAUCAGGUCUGCAUAAUGUCAUAAUUUGAUAAUAGAUAUUUGAGAAAUGUCAAUCUCCCAAAGAUUGUUCAUAGCUUGUUUUUCUUUUAUACUGUAAUAUUAUUGUCAGCUACUUACCAAUAUUCUGUUUCUUUUCAUCCAAGUGGAAAGGGUAUCACUGCCUUGUGUGAACCACGUGGUUAUUUCUGCACAGAACUAAGGAACAUUCAGAAAACUCACAUGCACCUGUUAUAAGAUUGACACACUAUUGGGGAAUUAAAGAUCUCAGUUGCAUCCAAUUUGUCAAUAGAUUAUUGACUCUGCAAUCAUGACCUUUGUGAUAUACUCACAGGAGCUGAUCAAUCACUUUGCUGUUGUCUUCAAGCAGUAAGAUGAGGUGAAUGAUCUAUUUGAGGUGCUUUAAACUAUUGCAGCUGAAUGGAUAGAGUGAUUUUGUUUACUCUGCACCUACUGGAAGCUGCAUGAUAUCCUCACUAGAGAGUCUUAUAUAUUUGGUUCUUCAUUUUCAGGUUAUAUAGAUUUUUUUCCCCCCCAAAAAAAUCUAUUUAUUGAAAAUUUAAAGUAUAACACCAAGUAAUAAUUCUAGUUUGUUCCUUUUUGGGUACUGAUCCAUCAUAGUGCUUUCACAACAGUGUUGAAAGGUUCUUACAUCCUGCAAUGCCAUAGAGAUUAUUAAAAUGAAGUUUAAAAGGUUGAACGAAAAUGUCAGGGACUAUGAAUACUUGUUUGUUUGUUCUUAAAUGUUCACAAAUAAGGUUAAGCACAUCUGAUGCAUUGUUCUGCAGUUUUAAAAUGUAAAGUCACAACUGUAGAGAAUUUUCGCCAGAAAUCUAAUAGAAGAAACUGAUUUUCUCCCAUUUUUUAAAGAUUAAAAAUGAAGAUAAUAUAAUAAUAGAACACUCGAAAAACAGAAAGGUUGUUGGUUUUUAAUCUUUGUUUUAGUACUAAAAACUUUGGGUUUUUCACUAUGCAGAUAUAUCGGAAAUGACUUCAUCAUGCUCCAUGCUGGUUUGAGGCAUCCUAACCAAAGUUAUUGGUGGGCUUUAUUCUAGUUAUGUAUUUAUUUUACACUUGAACAAUUGAUCAGUUUGUUUUGCAGUAACAUGCUUUAUCUAGUCAGUUUUUACAGAAAUUUACCCCUAAGACAACCAAAGUGAUCUAGGGAUUGUUCUGAAAGUGAUUACAAAUCAGAGGGCUCAAUCAGUUUAAGCAGUAAGGUGCUUUAACCUGUAACCAUUGUUUCUUUCAAAUCAUGUUCUGAUUUAUUCUGAGAUACCCUUAGGUUAAUCAGUUCAUCAUUAUCCCUGCAGGAGAUUCUCUUGUAUGUUAUACAUGACUUAUUAAACAGUAAAACACAGUGCAAACACUACCACAUGACAUACAGUAUUUGUAACGCAGGAUGAAAAAAAUGACAGUAGCAAAGCAACCUUUGGCAAUUUAAAUGUAUUUGAUACAUGAUCUUAAAUUUCUAAGUGUGAAAUAAUUUUGAAGGGGUUAGAUCUAAACCACUGCUUAAGUGGGGGAUGUAGGUGGAUAUGAUGGGAAACAGGUUAGAUAUCCCGGUACACAGCCAAGCCUAAUAAUCAGAGACUGCUCUCAUUCAAUCGUCAGCUGCAAAACGCAGAACUGCUAAGAGUGUAGGGAUAUAGAUUAGAGGAAGGGGCAUGGGACCAGUGGACAUGCAGGUAGGCUCCUGCAUUAGCUAUUGUAAACUGUGUGCGCGCGUCGGACAGAGCAAGAGGGGGUGUGAAUGAGUGAAUGCAAAUUUGUUCAGAUUAAGCAAGAAAGGUUUAAAAUAUGGUGUUGUGGUACAUGGAGUUUCCUCCUAUACAGGUUUUGUAGUCAACAGUACUUGAGACUUGCUUUGAAACUUCAACACCACACAAGUAAUAUCCAGCAGUAUGGAGACAUUUUAAUGAUAGAGGGUUGUCCAGUUUGAUAUUUUUAUUUUCCUUUGAAUUAUUUUAGUUCAGUAGCAACUGCCUUUGGUAGAUUCUGUUGAGAGCACAUCUGAAUGUCCCAACACUAUCUGGAUCAUGUGAUUGCCUGUAUAAAAGCAACCUUGUUUUAAAGCAAAGCUACAGAGAUAAAACUGACCACCCAAAGGACUGAGUUAGGAAUGAGUUUACAAUCAAAAAAAAAUAAUAGAAAAAGUUCUGUAUUGCUUUCAAUACUUAGUUUCCAAUUAGAUCACAUGUGUCCUAUAUUGAUCUUGCUGUGGAAGCUAUUUCAAAAACCAGCCAAAAGGAUGUCCUCUACCAAAUAGUACAGUGUAGAAAUUCUACACAUUCUGGUACUGAAAUACACACCUUUCGAAGUGAACUAGCAUACAUUUUAUUAGACAGACUUUGUAAAAAAAAAAAAAAAAAAAAAAGAUAAGCAGUGGACCAGCAACCCAGCGCUCCUUCAAAACUGAUAAAGGUGUGUUUAAGCCACCAGGUUUUCUUUCCUCUGCACCUGGCGAACCAGGAACUCUCAAUAAAGUACCAUGGCACAGCCUGCUUUACAGGAUUCAUUCCAAGAAAAAGUAAUUAAGACAUUAAAACCUGUAAAUCAAUUCCACCCUGCAUUAAGUUCAAUAUAUUAAUGUUUGUUUCAUGAAAGGAUAUUUCUGUACUUUUGUUUUAACCUAAUAAGUGACCAGUAAAGCAACUGAUUUCCCAGUAUACAACAUGAGAGCUUACCAGCAUGUGUCAGGAUGCAGCAGCCUAAACAAACUUAAAAGAAGGGGACAAUACUGUUAAACACUAAUGUAUAAUGUGAAGGCAAGAAACUGAUUAGUCAGUAAUUGGGUGAAAAUGUAUAGAAAAUACUUGUGCUUGAAACAAACAUUAUUCAAAUGGACUUUCUGUAAUACAGAAUUUCAGGUAAUUUGUAUUUAAACACAAUGAGUAUUCAGCCUAUACUAAUAUAUUUGUAAAAUGAAGUGUUUUCUGAAUACAUUAGUAGAGGUAAACUGAAGACUUGUCCUUGUGUUUUAAAUGGUCUCUGAGGAAGAAAGGCCUGGUAGCAUACGAAACACUGGAGAAAGCGGUGAAGCCGCUCACAUAUUAUCUAGCUCCAGUCUUUUGUGGGAAAGUUUCAAAGCAAAUCUGAAUGAGGGGCACACCUGGGAGAACGUUCAGCGAGUCAGGAGGAGUGUUUGCGAUCAACAUCUACCCUUUGAUGAUGCUGCAUGUGGCUCUCUUACCCCCAAUCAUGAAUGCAAAUCCUUUCUAAAAUCCUGUAGGUAGAAAUAUUCCCCCUGAUCUGGGAUCAGUACGUGUUCAGUAUAGUUAUAAAUCUAAAAACACACAAUAGGUUAUCUUUGGUUUGGCUAGUUUAGCAUUGAUAUAGAAAUGAACUGACCCUACUUGAAUGAUGAGCGCUAGAAAGUGGUUAGGGGUAUAGCAGAAUCUUAAAGGACACAUCUAACACAAAAUCCAUUCAGGUUUACCAUUGGUUUCCUGUACUGGAGCCAAAACCAUAAUUUGUUUUUUAGUAAUAAAGGUACUAUGGUUAUGUUGCAAUGCUUAUACAUCAUCUGCCCUUUGAGGUACUCCAUGUAUAAUAAUGUACAUUUUGAAAUAUUUAUAUUGCAGUAUGUAAAUAUUGUUUGAUUUUUUUUCUGCGUUUAAAGAAAACUGCUGUGUGCGUGGAUGACUGUUGACCAAUUAUAAAUGCUCAAAUAAAACAAUGUAGCUGCACCCAAAUGAUGGGGAAAUUAA